AUGCAAGUGAAUUGUGCUCAUAGAGGUUCUGUGCAGGUUAAAGCUUUUCUGGAUCUCUACAAUACUGGAUUAGCUCUAGAUUUGUCAACCAAACAGCAUUGUGCAAGAAGUAGGAAACCUGCCAAAAGAUCAAAAAAAGUAAAAAAAUCUAAAAAAUCUAAUACUACAAAAAAUGCUUCACCAAAACCAGCAUUGAGAAAAACAGAUAAGAUCUCAAAUAUUAUCCCAAACAUCAAUCCACAUUCAAAGCUUCUUGCCGACAAAUUGCAUAAUAUUGCUGUACCCCAUAAUUUACAAAAAGCAUUGUUUUUGGAUUUUGUGAUGAACAACACAUUUCAAAAUAUAUUAACAUUUCCAGAAAAACAUUUUUUGGCAGAAAUUGUAUACGCUUUCACUCAGUCAACCUAUUUUGACGAUGAUAGCGAAAAGAAAAGUUCAACGAUGUUAUGUGUAACGCUGAUGCAAUAUUUUAACUCUUAUGUUAGCAAACAUCUAUUAUACGUUAAUGAAAAAAGAUUCAAAUUAUAUAGAAAUUUAAUAGUACAAAACCAAUCAUGUGAAAUAAAGCAUGUUUUUUAA